GGCGGCGGCGGCGGCGGCGGCGACGCCAGAGCCCGAGGGCGCCGUUCGCGAGGCCGCCGCGGGGCCCGGCCGCGGCUCGGGGAGGCCUGGGGCCUGGAGGCCGCCGCUGCCGCCAUGCCGCUGCUCUUCCUGGAGCGCUUCCCCUGGCCCAGCCUCCGCACCUACACGGGCCUCAGCGGCCUGGCCCUGCUCGGCACCAUCGUCAGCGCCUACCGCGCCCUCAGCCAGCCCGAGGCCGAGCCGGGGGAGCCGGAGCCGCCAACCGCCCCGCUGCAGGCGGAGCUGGCCGUGCCCGCGCGGCCCGGCGCCGGCGGCCCCCGCGCCCGCGACGUGGCCCAGUACCUGCUCUCCGACAGCCUGUUCGUGUGGGUUCUAGUAAAUACUGCAUGCUGUGUUUUGAUGCUGGUGGCUAAGCUAAUCCAGUGUAUUGUGUUUGGCCCUCUUCGAGUGAGUGAGAGGCAGCACCUCAAAGACAAGUUCUGGAAUUUUAUUUUCUACAAGUUCAUUUUCAUUUUUGGUGUGCUGAAUGUGCAGACAGUGGAAGAGGUGGUCAUGUGGUGCCUCUGGUUUGCUGGACUUGUAUUUCUACAUCUGAUGGUUCAGCUCUGCAAGGACCGAUUUGAAUAUCUGUCGUUUUCUCCCACCACACCCAUGAGUAGCCACGGGCGGGUUCUGUCUCUGCUGAUCGCGAUGCUGCUUUCUUGCUGUGGAUUAGCAGUUGUCUGCUGUGUCACUGGCUACACGCACGGGAUGCACACGCUGGCUUUCAUGGCGGCGGAGUCUCUUCUUGUGACAGUGAGGACUGCUCAUGUGAUUUUACGAUAUGUAAUUCACCUCUGGGACCUCAACCAUGAAGGGACUUGGGAAGGAAAAGGAACCUAUGUCUAUUACACAGAUUUUGUCAUGGAGCUCACUCUCUUGUCCCUGGACCUCAUGCACCAUAUUCAUAUGUUGUUAUUUGGCAACAUCUGGUUAUCCAUGGCCAGCUUGGUCAUCUUCAUGCAGCUGCGUUAUCUCUUCCAUGAAGUGCAGCGUCGAAUCCGCCGGCACAAGAACUACUUGCGUGUGGUCGGGAACAUGGAAGCCAGGUUUGCGGUUGCAACUCCAGAGGAGCUGGCCGUCAACAAUGAUGACUGUGCCAUCUGCUGGGACUCCAUGCAGGCCGCGAGGAAGCUGCCCUGCGGACAUCUUUUCCACAACUCCUGCCUUCGUUCCUGGCUAGAACAAGACACCUCCUGCCCAACAUGCAGAAUGUCUCUUAAUAUUGCUGACAAUAACCGGGUCCGGGAGGACCAGCAAGGAGACAACUUGGAUGAGAAUUUGGUGCCUGUAGCAGCCACUGAAGGCCGACCUCGCCUAAACCAACACAAUCAUUUCUUCCACUUUGAUGGGUCCCGGAUUGCCAGUUGGUUGCCGAGUUUUUCAGUAGAAGUGAUGCACACCACCAACAUUCUAGGCAUUACGCAGGCCAGCAACUCCCAGCUGAAUGCAAUGGCUCAUCAGAUUCAAGAGAUGUUUCCCCAGGUUCCCUACCAUCUCGUGCUGCAGGACCUCCAGCUGACACGCUCCGUAGAAAUAACAACAGACAAUAUUUUAGAAGGACGGAUUCAAGUACCUUUUCCCACACAGCGCUCAGAUGGCAUCAGGCCUGCAUUGAACAGUCCUGUGGAAAGGCCAAAUGGAGACCAGGAGGAGGGAGAAGCUUCUGUGCAGACUGAGCGUGUGCCACUAGACCUCAGUCCUCGGCUGGAGGAGACCUUGGAUUUCAGUGAGGUGGAGGUGGAGCCCAGUGAGGGGGAAGACUUUGAGGCCCGGGGGAGCCGCUUCUCCAAGUCUGCAGACGAGAGGCAGCGCAUGCUGGUCCAGCGUAAGGAUGACCUCCUGCAGCAAGCUCGCAAGCGUUUCCUGAACCGAAGUUCUGAAGUUGAGUCCGCCUCCGCCUCUGAGAGCUGCCUCACGUCAGAAGGCACGAACUCCGACCCUGUGACCCUGCGUCGGAGGAUGCUGGCUGCGGCGGCCGAACGGAGGCUCCAGAAGCAGCAGAUCUCCUAGCGCUCGCUCGCCGCCGGCCCCAGCAGCACGGCCGCAGAGGCCCGGGCCCCCCGCCAUGUGCCAAGGGGCUCGGCCGCGCUGCGCUGUACAAAGCAUGUGGUCUUACUAGUGUUUGGACAGCUGACAAACUUAAUCCUUUUUUGUAAUACUUUCUAUGUGACAUUUCCCUUCCCUUUAGAAACACUGCACAUUUGAACUCAAGGCAUGAUCUCUGGUGUUGGCUGGACUUCUUGGGGGUGGGGGUGACCGAGUGGAACAGGGCAACCAGAGACCCCGCGGCCGGCGGCUCCCAGGCUGCUGCUGCUCGGAGAGGGCACGCAGACGCUGCCGUCCUGGGCUCCAGAUCUGGCCGGCGGGGGGGCUCCGCUGAAGCACCAUGGGGAGCGUGCGGCCCGGGCCUGACUCCACCACCGUGUACAGCCCUUCUUGGGUGGGUGGCAUUGAGAAUGCUAUGGAGGCCAGGCCCCUGAGCACCCCAAGCCCCCUGAGCCUCCAGGCCGUAAGGGCAUCUUGGAAAAGUCACUCUUGGUUUGAUAGGUGGAGCAGAGGAGGGGGAUGGCCAGGGCCGGAGAGUGGGAGGAGGUGACCGGCUGUGUCCCCGGACAUCCAGAACUGCCCACUGAGCCCCUUUCCGUUCAUGCCGGUGCUCCUACAGCUCACGAGUGCCCCCCCGCCCCCCGUCCCCAUGCAUCCGUCCCCACUCCGGGUUUCAGGGUCCUCCACCCACCCCAGCCAUGGGGGCUGAGUAGCAAGCUUUGGUUUCCAGUUUCAAUUCCUUCGUCAAGUAAAUUAGGCAAUGCCGAGGCCUGUGGGUCUGGUCCUUAGAGAAAAUGAGGACCUUAGGAAGCAGGCCAGUCACUGUUAGAGGGCUUUCUUGGAGAAAUAAAAAUCUCUUUUGUAUCUUUCUUCCCUGGAGCUCUUCAUUUUCAUCCCUUUGCUCUUGUUGGUUUAAUUAAACAUAGAAAGGUAAGAUGUUGAAUCCACCUGCCUCGGGGCAGACCCAGGUCUUGAACCUGUUCUUCAAAUUCUUCACAUCUUUAACUUCCAGGACUUGAAACACGCAAUCACAGGCUACAUAGUUUGGUUUUAUGUCCUGUUGGAUUUUUUUUUUUUAAUGUUUUAAAGCAUAGUUUUAUGGUAGUCCUUUUGGGAAGAAUCCAGUAUUAUCUAAAAUUAUUGGCAAAGUUAAAUGUAUUUUACAUAACUGAAAGUUUUUGGAAUGUUGACAAGUAAUUGAAAAGAGUGAUAAGUAAAUGUUUAGGCCAAGAUAAUUUAUUUGAAUAAAUCUUUCAAAAGCCUUACCUCGAAAUGCUGUUAGUAGAUUUCUGUGAUUUUUUUAAAAAUUGGUUUUGUUUUGCUGAGAGCAUAGCUACCUGUUUUUAUUGUAAAACAAUAAUAAUAAUAAUAAAAGGCAAACUCUU